AUGCCAGAGUUUGUUUUCUCUGUUGGGGUGGGUGGUUCCCUUAAAGAUGGCCCUAUUGCUGGUGAGAAAAGAGCUCGUACCCAGGAGAUGGUGGAUGUUGGCGGAUUGGAAUCGGACGAGCCGUCUCCCCCUCUUCCUCCAAUCCCGAUGAGUUUUAAGGAUAAAGUUUCUGGGGAUUUUGGUAUGGCGGAGGAUUAG